AUGUCAACACAAUCCGUACAUUCCGAGCCACGAUAUAUGAGGAAGAUUAAUAUUAUGCUUUCACCGAGGUUCUCUCUGUCGGUCCUACGACGAAAGCUCGGGCGAUUUUUGGAUAGCAUUAAACCCAUUAAACCUGCUAAACAAGAUCUUGACUUUCGUUGCCAGACGCCCGCAGAUCCGUUGGAUUCCUGGAACGAGCCUUGUUUAAAAGAAAUCGACAACGGAAGGCAUACAGUAAAGGCUGGAGAACUCGUGGGCGAGCCUCUACAAACUGUGGGAGGAACUGCAGAGACCUGGAACCUAAAUUUACCCCAAACCGCCACUAGAAAACCAUGUUUCAUCACAGGGUCAGAAGUGUCUGUCCGGGCCGAUUAUGAUGAUGCAGUUUCAAAAAACAUUCGCCCAGAGUCUGCCAUACUUCCAGAGGUACAUUGGUGGCACCCAUCAACUGCCUACGUCUCUCAAAAUAGCCAUUGA